UUUUAAAACACAGCUAUUAACUUUGCAUUUGUUUAUGUUGUGCAUCAGAUAAUGUCACAUUUUUAUGUGUGAUGUAAUGAUGCCGUUUAAAUACACAGCAUGUUUAAACAUGUCACAAGUAAUAGUGCUGUUGUACUGAAUAUUGGUACACAGCUGUGUACAAAGCUCUGACAAACAGUUGUAUGAUGUCAAUGAAAGUGCAUCGGGUUGUUUUGGUAAUGAUUUAAGGAAUAUAGUACAUGUAUUUGUCAAAAUGAUUUCAAUUCAUGUUGAAAACUUGAUAAGAGGUGAGAACUAAACGCACAAGAUGAACAAAAAAAAGUGUAUAUAUUUUUAUUGUAAUAUGGUUCUGAUUCAAUGUAAGUCACAGUUAUUCUAAUAAAACAUUAGUCUUGAAUUAUUGAAUUGUUUGUGCACAUUCUGAGGUCAAAAUAAGGAAGUUGUCACAGUCUCGCAGUCUCUCCAGGACACUAGGGGCAGAAUGAUGACCGCAGGUCAGAACUAGGGGCUGAACGACGAAGAAGAGCGUGCCGUGCUCCGCUAGCUCACGUGGAAAAUAACGUAAUGUGUUUCUGUAUUUUGACCCAGAGUACUCCUGCCAGAAGAUGACAGAUGCUUUCAGUAGCAGCAGUGAGGCAGUGUUUCAGCGCACCGUCAGUGUGUCCUUCAUCGCGACGGGCAGCCAUGCUGGGAAUCAGAUAGCCGAGACCUGUCAAUUUAUCACUAGUAAUCAAUUCAAGAAGGUAGCCUUACAGUUUCCAGAUGAACUCCUGCCUGGUGCCGUCCGAGUCUCUGCCGAAAUAGAGAAGGAAACCAAAGCCAAGACAUUCAUUUUAGGAGACACAUCCUAUGGCAGCUGUUGUGUGGAUGAGGUAGCGGCAGAACAUGUGAGAGCAGACUGUAUAGUGCAUUAUGGGCCAUCUUGCCUCAGCCCAUGCAGAAGACUACCCCUUCUGUAUGUGUUUGGCAAGAGACCUAUUGAUGUCCAGCAGUGUGCCGCAGCCUUUAGAGAGCUUUAUCCUGACUGCCAAAGUCAUGUCAUCGUACUGUAUGAUGUCACCUAUUCACAUGCUAUAGGUGAUCUCAGGACACUUUUGUGUGAUAUCUACCCCAAUGUUGUGGUCUCUCUUCUAAAAACAGAUCAUUCCUGUGGUGCUGAGCUGAUUCGGGACAGCUGUGUGGACACUGAUCACAUAGAUUCACAGGAUGAUAGAGUCAUUUUGAAAUUUGGCAGACAGUUUAGUGUAAAAGCGGGGCAGAGUGUUGAUAAUUACAGUAUGUUUUACAUUGGCCAGGAAGGCUUGACUCUUACAAACUUCAUGAUGACCUGGAACCAUUGUGCCUUCAGCUCAUUCAAUCCAGAAACACACACAGGACGAGUGGAAUCGGUUAAAAUCAACAAGGCACUGAUGAAACGCUAUUAUGCCAUCGAGCGGGCCAAAGAUGCCAGUGUAGUGGGCAUUUUGGUGGGCACCCUGGGUGUCGCUAACUAUCUGACCAUCAUAGAGCAGCUAAAAGACAUUAUUCACAAAGCAGGCAAGAAGAGCUAUAUGUUUGCUAUGGGAAAGAUCAAUGUUCCCAAGCUCGCUAACUUCUUGGAAAUUGACGUUUACGUGCUAGUUGCCUGUCCAGAGAACUCACUGCUGGAUUCAAGUGAAUUCUACAGACCUGUGGUGACUCCCUUUGAGAUGGAGUUGGCUUGCAAUAAGCACAGAGAGUGGACUGGAGAAUAUGUCACAGACUUCAGAGAUUUACUGCCUGGUGGAAGCAGUCAUGUGGGCUUCCCUCAGCAAGACCAGUCUGCCAUUGAGGAAGAGACCACAGAUGUCUCUCUAAUCACAGGAGCUCUGCGAACAUGUUCCACCACCUCAUCGGAGAUCAUAAAUGGCACAUCAGAGUCUUCUUCACUCGUCCCGAGAAAUCAGACUCUCACUGUGGCUAAUACAAACACAGCAGCAUCAUUUUUGUCUGGCCGCAGUUGGCAGGGACUGGAGCCCAAACUGGGGCAGACGCCAGUGGUGAAAGCUGUGGAAGGACGGAGAGGCAUUGCCAUCGCUUAUGAGGAGGAGGGUGUGGGAAAUAAAGAUGCUUCAACACCUCUUCAAAAAUCAUAAAAGUCAUUUAUUAUUGGACUGUCAUAAGAAAUCAUCAAAGGACUACUUUCACACUCACAGCAUAUGAAUUGCAUCAGUAUACUGAGAAGGAUGUAAUUGUCUGUGAUAAUACAGAAUAUCUUUUGGGAACGUGUUUUAAUUCCAUUGAAAAGGGUGAGUGUUCCUGUUACUGGCCAAAAUCAAGGAAGGUAAAUUAAUAUUUGUUAAAUAUAAGAAUGUUAAGUUCUAUUGUGUUACCAAUGGUAGCAAAUUAUAGAAAGCGAAUAAUAGAAAAAUGUAAAUUAUUUCAAAAGUGAUUUAAUGUUGUAUUGUUUGUCUUUAUAGUCAAACAAAAUAAAACUCAUUCUCCUGACUUCAAAAAUAUGACUUCAAUAUGUGAAAUGUGGAACGACUACCACACAACCAAACUGGGAUAGUGAAGCAAGUUCUGGCAUGAACUUGACAAUAUUAAUUAAAAAACAGGCCCUAAAAUACUGCAGGUUUCUCCCAAAUGAUCAAAUC